AUGAUCGCCGUCAUGAGCACGGCGAAUACUGCGACGGCUGGAUUCGAGCCAUUAUGGACCAAGGCGACACAAGUCUAUGAGCAGGCCACCGGGAGGAUCCUAGCCAAUGACGAUACAUUCGCGAAGAUUACAAAUUUGGAAGAGCUACAGAAGACUCUCGCAUCUCAAGAGAAAGAAUUCGGCGACUUCCGGGCGCAGCAUAAACACCUCGCUGACAAGUUGUCGCUCUGUUUCACUCCAUUGAUCCCUCUCCUAGACCUUGCGAGCAAGGCCAUAGGUACCACACCAUAUGCUCCUGUAUCUGUCGCAUUUGGCGCCACAGCACAUCUUGUUCGGGCAUGCGCAACCGUCACAAAGUCCUACGAUAGCAUCGAGGAGCUCUUCGAACAGGUAGGAAAUGUGACAAUUCGUUUUGAGUCAUAUCAAGGCGACUCCACAGAGGAAUCACUUCGUGCGAAGAUCACGUCCAUCCUAGCCUACAUUCUGGAGAUUGUCGGUCAGGCCGAGAAGCUCGUCAAGCGAGGACGCUUCAAACAAUGGGCUCGCUCGGUGUUCGUGCAAGAUGACAAGAUUGGCGAGGCGUUGGCCAAAUUGCGCAGGUUCAUCGAUGGUGAACUUGGCCUCGUCACGGCUCUGACGUAUGCUCGGGUGGGUGAGACACAAGGCGACGUCCGUGACAUCGCAGAGAAGCUCGACGAGGUCAAGCUGGGCGUCGAGCAAUCGAACCAAGCACUGGCCCAGGCAAAGCAGGAGGCUCUUAGUCAAGCUGAUGAAGGACUGCUGAGUAGUUCAUUAGCUCCCGAGACUCUUGCCGCUGUUGAUCAGAAGCAUGUGCAUAGUUUGAAAUUAUUGGCGCCCGAUACGGGCCUCUGGAUUUACGACGAGGAAUCGUUCAAGACCUGGCUCAACGGCAAUUUUCCUGUUUUCUGGGUUCUUGGACGACCAGGGACGGGCAAAACAAUUUUGGCUGCUCAUACAUAUGAGAUUCUGAAAGCAUCGAACCAGCAACUCGUCAGUAUCGCCUACUUCAAAGACGAUACAAGCACUCUGCAGAGCUCCGAGAGUCUCUUGAAAUCUACUGCACAUCAGAUUGGGCGACAGAACAAGGCAUUUCAGCUCCAUGCACUUGAAGCUCUGAAACAACGGGACAGCAUCUCCGGCAAUUGGAGCUUCUGGGACAAAGUCUUCGUAGAAUACUUUGCUCGAUCGACCAACGCUGCCAAUGCCGAAUCUGCGGUUAUCGUCAUCGAUGGUGUUGAUGAAACUUCCCAGCAAGAGAGAUCACAUCUCUUCUCAUGUCUUGCCGGGCUCGUCAAGGAGAGCAACGCAACGCAGGUCUACAAACUCAGAGUCGUUUUAUUCACACGGCAGGACGUUUUCGCAGACCCGGGCUUCCGUGAUCUCGGGAUAUACUCACCAGCCAAUAGUCUGACCAUCACUGCAGAAAAGAACAGCGACGACAUCAAGACCUACAUCGAGAGGCAGAUCAAAGGUCUGGAGAUCCUACGACGUCAUCCAAAGAGGAAGGCAAUCGCCAGAAACAUCUACAAAAGCAUCAGUAGUCGAGCAGAAGGAAUGUUCAAGUGGGUCAGCUUGGUGUUUGAUCAGAUUCCCUCGCACUCUCCGGAGUCGAUCCUCAAGACUGUCCAAGAAUGUCCGCAAGGUCUGGACGAGAUGAUCCAUCAUACAUUGAAGAAGCUCGCCACGGAUGUUCCAGCGACACAAACCUAUCUUCGCGACAUUCUCCUAUGGGUCCUUGGCGACAAUAAAGAGAUUACCAUCGCUGAGCUUUUCCUAUUGCUACGUCUCACAAUCAAGGAAAGCUGUUACAUGCUCGAAGAUGAUCUGAGAUGGAAAUUCUUCAGUAUUUUCGAGCUCCAUGAGCAACGAUAUACCAAUGAAGAGCCGCACAAGCUUGAGAAUGUGAUGGCUACCUCGCAAAGCCCUGCGUGGGACCUUGACUUUCUCGACGGAUCGGAUGACGACGAAGAUCUGGAUCUUGAUGGGCAUUCAAUUUCCGGUACUGAACCGGACUCAGGAAGCACUACAAGCAGACAGCUUCCAAUAGCAAACUCUGGAAAUGGUGAUAUUCCGGUUCACUGGGAGGAUUUCAAGAUCAAAUUUGCCCACGCCCGCAUUCGGGAAUUUCUCCAAACUGAGGUCGGCCCUCAAAGUCAAAUGCCCAAACGACCGAUAUACCUCGAGAGCUCUAAACUUGCGAACCACCGCUUUUUCCGCGCAAUUUUAGAGCUGCAGUACGCCUAUGCUACCGUACCGGUGUGCACGGCCGGCUUCUACCUCAAGUAUACGUAUGGCUGGCAUUUCGAGAUCAAAGACCUUGAUCUCAGCGAUGAGUUCAGUAGCGAGACUACUCUGCUCGCGCAAUCAUUAGCUAAUUUGUUCAUGUGUGGCGAGGCCAUGAUGAAAUGGGCAUUCAUACACCCAAAUCGUUUCGUCAUACUAUCAUUCUUCGGUGAUGACAAUCUAUUGCUAAUACAGCAGCUACUCGUCAAACAUAUCGAAGCACUUACAACUGAACAGCAAUCAUGGGUACCACAGGUGCAGGAGUCCGUUCGAGCGCUGUUCAAACCGAUGGCGGAUGUGUGUGCGCGCAUGUGGUUGGAACGGAGUGGUUGGGACGACGAGUUCUAUGUGAAGUGGCAAGUAGACGAACAGGACGCUGCUGUUAUAUUGUGUGCCUACGAUCAUUUGUGCGCUAACACACUGGGACAAGAAGAAGCGGAUGGAGGGCCUGAGGACAGAUACUAUAACACCAAAGUGCACAUGACGGCGGCACAAAUUCAGCAGACGGCUGAGUCUCUUACACUCCCAAGGACGGCUCAUUGGUACACGUGUGUAGGCUGGGCGAUAUUGACCACGACUCCCGUCGAUCUUCCCAAACCCGCAGACCGAGAGCGAGCUACAGCCGCCAUAGCCUGCUUUGAGAAAGCGAUCGAGAUAGAUUCUGAGGCAUGGCCUGCACAUGCCGGUCUGGGUCAAUGUCACGGCGCAGGACUUGAAGACUACGCGAAAGGAAUCAAAUCCUUCCAAGACGCCAUCGCGAUCUUGCUCAAGAAUGAAAAUCUGGCCACGAUGGUUACACGACUCCAGGCCAUCAUAGGAACUUGGUCUUUACAUGACAAGGAUACAGCAGUGAAGACCGCCAGAGCAGCAUUAUACGGCUUGCUCAGCUUCCCGUACCCACGCGAUCUCCAAGCGCGCCGUCUAUUCAGCCUCGCCAUUCGGAACUACAUCCAGGCCAUGUGCAACGUGCAGCAAUUCGAGGAGAUCGAGAAACUCUGUGACGGGCUGAGUAAAUAUGGUGUCGAACAAUACUCCAAGACGAUAUGGGCAUGUUUUCUGGACGACUGGAGAAUCGAUGACCUGACGACAGAGGAUGACCUUACAUCAGGCAUCCUGGACUUAUUCGAAACAGCACCGAAUGUGAAUGCGCUCGUGGCUCUCGUACAGAGAGGGGUGGCGGAACUCGAUUAUCCUGGGUAUGGGAUCCAGAUGAGUCCGAUAAGCUUCUGGGCCACAACCAAUUGGUUUCAAUGGCUGUACGAACACAGCGAGCCUGCCGAUGACUACCUCACCAUGUGUGUCAAAUUUCUCAAGGGCUACGAGGGUGGACAGUACGUCGCGCGCGAUUGGCACCAGAUCACCAGCUUCAUGGCAGCAACAUAUUUGAAGCGAGCCAUCACCGCUCAUCACGCAGGGUCCGACUACACCGACGACAUUGCGCAACUCCAAGACCUAAGCAGCCGCGAGCACUACCUGAGACCUCAUCCCAAAGCCCAUUUCGCCAAUUCCCUCUAUGGGCUCUGGUGCCACGAAUUCGCCUCCCCACCUCCUGCCGCCGCUGUCACUGACAAUGACUGGAAAGCCCUGAUGCGACCCUCCAUCACCGAAGCCCUCAAAACCCUCACCAUAGAGGACCACUUCAAACGGCAAUCGGCCUACUGCAGUCUCGGCGAGUCCCUCCUUCGCGCAGGAGACCUCUCCAACGCGCACAUCGCCCUCGGCAUCACGCUCCACGCCCUGCAAUCCUACCAAGCCGCCAAAGCCCGCGGAGAAGCCGUGCCGCCAGUCCCUUCAUCGGCCGUCUUUGCCGGGUUCUAUGUCCUCUGGCAUUGCGAUGCGAACUGUGAGACUGCCACGUGGGAUUACGAGGAGAUCUGGUUUUGUCGCAUGUGCUAUAACACGAAUUUCUGCGGGAGUUGUGUGAAGAAGGUCAGGGAGGGGACGAUUGAGAGGUGCCAUUGUUCGAAGGAUCAUGAUAUUAUUCAGGGUUAUCCAUUGACGGAAGAGGCGAAGGCCAUGGUUGAUGAUAUUGAGGCGGGUAGGACAGAGGGGUUUGACGCGUGGUUGGAGGGAGUUAAGAGGAAGUGGCAGUAAUGUUACUACUUGAAUGCAUUGUAGAAGCGCCCUGCGUGCAACUGAACACCGAGAUAUUCCCGAG